CAGUGUGUCCACCAGCAAACUGGCUAUUCCGGAAGAAAACACUAUCCAAACCCUGUGCACUGACAUCCUGCAAUGUCUGGACACCUCAGUCACUGGAAUGACCCAAGUGUUAUGGCCAAGGCUUCUGGAAUAUGUGGUGCCAGCUCAGUACACUGGUACUUUGAAGCCUCUCUGCAGAUGCCUUAGGGAGCUGGCUGAGAAAAAGCAGCAGGAAGGAGAAGAAGCUGCUUGCCUUGACUACGGUGGAUCAGUGAAUUUCCCUACACCCCAGGGGCUGCUGGCACGACUCCUGGUAGUAGCCUCAUCCCCUUAUGCAGGAGAAGGACACGGAUGUGCUGCCUUGCAGUUAUUACAAGCCCUGCACCAAAAUAUCCAUGCAGCAGUGGGUGAGAUGUGGGUAGUAAAGAUCCCAUCUCUGCUGCAGUACAUUGAAGUCUCUGUGAAGUAUGACAGACCCUACGUGGAGCACAAACCGGAUAUGUUUCUGGUGAAGGUGCUGGGCAUCACUGUUGCAAACCAGAGACUCCUGGAGUUCGAAUUCUCGUACAAACUGGAGUUCCUUGGCUACAUGCUGGACUUCAUUAAACAGGAACCACUGGAUUCUCUGGCACCUGCAGUUUGCUACCAGGCAAUUCUUGCCAUUGGACAUCUGAGCAAGCUCAAACCAUCUCUGACCAUGGAGGAAAACAUUGAGCUCCUGGAUCAGUGCUUCAAAAGUUUAUUUCCCCUUCCUCCCUUGGAGAUGACGAAAGAGGAAGGCGAGACAGCAGAGGAUGCUCUGCAUAUACAAUCACUCUACGUGAGGUCCUUUGAAGCUCUUGGCAAGCUAAUGGAGACAUUGCUGCAGGAAGCACCCACCGCAGACUGGUUCCAGGAACUGUUUGAGACCUCUUCCAUGAACACAGACUGCUCUGAGUCCCUCCAAAGUGUUCUAGGGAUGCCUGCUCCUGAGAUCCUGCUGGUGAAAAAGCACAAGAAGUUUCUUCUGGACAUACUGAUCAAGGCCUUAAAUGACACUUCCAGUUCUGAAGUGAUUGGCGAGAGCAUGAAAGCACUGGCCAAAGUCCUGAAGGAGCUGAAAGAGAAGGACAUUGGUUCUUCCUUCAAAGACCUCACCCAACAGAUCCAGACCUACUUUGACAAUCACACCCAUGUGAGACAGGCAGGCAUUGUGGCUCACCUAUCAGUCACCUUGUGA